AUGUUCCGAGUGAUACCAAAGCACAUCCGAGCCUCACCUCUCUGGCAGUUACAAACACUCCCCUUCGCCAUACGAUUCCUCUCCAGCACACCUCUAUGCUAUCCCAGACCUCGAUUAACUUUAUUACCAACAUCUGAACUCGUUUCCAGAAAAUUGAUCCAAGCCCGGUUAAACAGCACCUCCAGCACCUCGCGCCUGCAAAAAUUUAAACGAGACUACAAGGAAGCGUGGGACCCAUACCUCAACAGAUUCCCGCCAGAGGUAGCUGCACCCCUUCGCAAAGCCCUUCACCAUUCCGAAAUCCGACCCGACCCUAUCUUGGCACUACAGAUGUUUAGGGAGGCACUUGUUGUUGCAGAGCAUGUUCAGAUGCACCCAUUCUCUGACGAAGUCCUUGGGAUAAGAAUCGCAGCCGCUGAAAUGCUGGAGAAAAACGGCCUAGUCAAAGCAUCCAUUGACAUGCUGGAGAAGACUCUGGCAGACUGCAAGGAGUGGGUAACCAGUGGGAGGAGAAAGCAAAUGAUAAUUGAUAAGCAAAGAGCACACAGGACCCCAGCUGAGAUUGUUGAUCCUGAAACAGCGGAAGCGGAGAAAACCACACGCGAAAAGGAAGGAAGAGAAGCGAAGCUUCGUGACCAAGUCAUGAAAAAGGUCAUUGGAAUUAAAAUUAAACUAGCAGAUCUAUACUCGAGCAACUCUGUACAGGAUAUGGACAAAGCGGAGAACUCACUCAUUGGAGCUGUUACCGAAAGUGCUAGCGAGGUUCGAAGGCGCAGAGAACUAAAUUUGCCGGUGUCCCGCGACGGCGGAGACGAUUAUAUUAAUCUCACCGAGAUUGCAGCGUCGUGCAAUGACCUGGCCGAUUUAUAUGUCAAAAAGGGAAAACACCACCUCGCAGCAACUUUAUACAUACAGAGCUUAGGCUUGAUUAAGGAAGAGGAGGGUCAGUCGACAACGUGUGCGCAGGUUGUUCUCCUUAACAACAUCUCUUCUCAGAUGGCAGAGGAAGCUCAAAGGGUAACUGGAAAGCCAGGAUCGAUAUCCAGAGCAGACGGUCCUCUGAUAUCUAAACCAGAGCUCCUCGAUGCGGCAGCACUGUGGGCAAAAAAGGCCUUAGAUGUUGCAGCACAUAUCAAACCGCCAGUCCGGGAUGAGCAGUGCGAUCAGUCGUGCCAAGCUGCGCUAUAUAAUUUGGGUGAAAUAGCGCACAUGCAGAAGCAAUUCGCAGAGGCACGGGAUUACUAUGAACAGGCCAGAGAAUUGGCCACUCAAUUACAAUUUGAAGAAGGAAUCAAGUUAGCAAAUGACGCUAUAAAUAGGCUUAAUAACAAAAAAUAG